UCCUUGGCUCAGCCUGGGCCCCUCCUCAUCCAACCUCCACUCCAGUCCUCAUUCAACAUCCUCUUCCUGCUAAAGAGGGGCGCUGCCCGAUGACCUACACAAACUGAGAUACAAUCGCCACGAAUGGAGACCUCUGGAAAAGCUCAAGAGCCGAGGCCCACGGGGCCCACUAGAGGCCCCAGGGGAGACACUGGGCGGAGGCUGAAUCACAUCCUCUCGACAGCCCCCCAGUGCCCAGGCUUUGGAGGGGAGCUGGGAGCUUCUAUCUCCUUUUGCAGGGGAGGGUUGUCAGUCUGGAAGGAUGUGCACUGGGGGCACCCCAGCCCCUGCCAGCUAACCCCGCAUCACCCCCCUACCCAGCACCACCACCACCACACACACAAAAAAAUUGGAUACAUUUUGAAUAAAGCGAUUCGGUUCCUUAUCCGGGGACUGGGUUGCUCCGUGUGAUUGGCCGGCGGAGUCACAUGGUGAAAGUAACUUUACAGGGUCGCUAGCUAGUAGGAGGGCUUUAUGGAGCAGAAAAACGACAAAGCGAGAAAAAUUAUUUUCCACUCCAGAAAUUAAUGAUCAUGAGCUCGUAUUUGAUGGACUCUAACUACAUCGAUCCGAAAUUUCCUCCAUGCGAAGAAUAUUCGCAAAAUAGCUACAUCCCUGAACACAGUCCGGAAUAUUACGGCCGGACCAGGGAAUCGGGAUUCCAGCAUCACCACCAGGAGCUGUACCCACCACCGCCUCCGCGCCCUAGCUACCCUGAGCGCCAGUAUAGCUGCACCAGUCUCCAGGGGCCGGGCAAUUCGCGAGGCCACGGGCCGGCCCAGGCGGGCCACCACCACCCAGAGAAAUCACAGCCGCUCUGCGAGCCGGCGCCUCUCUCAGGCGCCUCCGCCUCCCCGUCCCCAGCCCCGCCAGCCUGCAGCCAGCCAGCCCCCGACCAUCCCUCCAGCGCCGCCAGCAAGCAACCCAUAGUCUACCCAUGGAUGAAAAAAAUUCACGUUAGCACGGUGAACCCCAAUUAUAACGGAGGGGAGCCCAAGCGCUCGAGGACAGCCUACACCCGGCAGCAAGUCCUGGAAUUAGAGAAAGAGUUUCAUUACAACCGCUACCUGACCCGAAGGAGAAGGAUCGAGAUCGCCCACUCGCUGUGCCUCUCUGAGAGGCAGAUCAAAAUCUGGUUCCAAAACCGUCGCAUGAAAUGGAAGAAGGACCACCGACUCCCCAACACCAAAGUCAGGUCAGCGCCCCCGGCCGGCGCUGCGCCCAGCACCCUGUCGGCAGCCACCCCUGGUACUUCUGAAGACCACUCCCAGAGCACCACGCCGCCGGAGCAGCAACGGGCAGAGGACAUUACCAGGUUAUAAAACAUAACUCACACCCCUGCCCCCCCAUGCCCCCAGCCCCCCCACAAAUUGACUCUUAUUUAUAGAAUUUAAUAUAUAUAUAUAUAUAUAUAUUUUGGUUCUUUUCUCUCUUCCUCCCAUCUUGUCCCUUGUCAAUUCUAAACAGACACAACAGAUAAACAAACAAGCCCCCUGCCCUUCUCUCCCUUCCACUGUUAAGAACCCUUUUAAGCAUGUGAUGUUGUCUUAGCAUGAUACCUGCUGGGGUUUUUUUAAAGGCCAUUUGGGGGGUAUUUAUUUUUUAAGAAAAAAAAAAGCUGAAAAAAUUAUAUAUUGCAAGAUGCGAUGGUGUGGUUUGGGUGAAUUUCAGGGGAAAUGAGGAAAAGAAAAAAGGAAAGAGAUUUUUAAGCCAAUUCUCCUCCUUCUCCUCCUCCUUCCCCCUUCUUUCCUUAGGCCUUUUGCAUUGAAAAUGCACCAGGGGAGGUUA